AUGACUAUCUGCCCUGCAUGUUCACCAGAGCAUUCGAACAAAAGUCUCGAUCCAUUAUGUAAUGGUGAGCGAAUUUGGACAACGUUUCUGUUUACAUCAUUUGGUAUUCUUCUCGGCGGUUGGGUAAUUAUUUUUAUUUACGAAGUAUUGAGCGAAUUAUGUUUCAAGUUGCAAAAUAUAAGGAGCCGUGGAACAAAAGAAAAUACUCGCUUAAAACAAAAGAAGUUGCUUCAUGGUGAUGAUGCAGCUGAUUAUGAUUGUAAUUGGCUACAGGAAAUCAAAAAUUGGGACAAUAAUAUUAUUUCUGGACAAACCAAAAUGGGCAAAUCAUUUUUUGCUGUUGCUAAAAGUAAACGUCGCUUUUGGUUUAGUUUGUAUUCGGUUGUUGAUAUUUUCACCAUUUCAUCAUCGUUUCUUGCUUUCUAUCUCAAUCGAAGUUGGAUAGGUUUUCGAUUUUUGCGUGCGCUUCCGUUAAUGAGUAUUCCCAAUAUUCUACAAUAUAUGAGUGUCAUCGAACGGCCUCGCAAAAUUCAAAUCGCUCAAUUGGCAUCAAAGUUCAUCGCUCUCUUGCUUACAGCUUCAGGUUUUGUACAUUUAGUUGAGAACUCGGGUGAUUUCUUUUGUAAUUAUUGUAACGCACAAGAAUUGGAUGCGUUUAAUGCAGUCUACUUCAUGAUCAUCACCAUGACGACGGUUGGCUAUGGUGAUUUUUCUUGUAAGACUUACAUAGGAAAAUCUUUUGUGAUAUUAUCUCUCAUUGGUGGAUUGACAAUUUUUGCCACAACGAUUCCCGAAUUUUCGAACCUAUUUGGUACAAAAGGUCCUUAUUUCGAUCGGUAUCAUAGAGUUAAAGGCAGACGUCAUGUUAUCAUCUGUGGACACAUAACACCUCAUUCGUUGGCCGCAUUUCUUCGUGAUUUUCUACAUAAAGGACGUGAGAAAAUGGAAAAACUCGACGUUCUCAUUAUCGACAGAAAAGUACCCGACAUCGAAAUGGAAGCUAUUCUCAAACGCUAUUAUGCAAAACUACAAUACUUUGUCGGUAGUAUCAUGAAUAUUGCCGACUUACAGCGUGUACAGGCUGAUAAAGCUACGGCAUGUUUGAUCAUUGCCAACAAAGAAUGUCAAGAUGCGAGUAGUGAUGAUUCGGCAAACAUUAUGCGAGUGAUAAGUUUGAAAAAUUUCAAUCAACGCAUCCGCAUAAUCUUACAACUGCUUCAAUACCACAAUAAACUGAACGUUGCCUCCAUACCUGGCUGGAAUGUGAAGAGCGAUGAGGUGAUUUGCAUUGCUGAAUUAAAGCUUGGUCUCAUUGGCAUGUCUUGUAUUGUAACUGGAUUUGCUACGAUGGUUUGA